AUGGAAGAACUCAAUUUUAAAUUGAAACAUCUCGACCACGAACAUUUUCUUCAGCAACCAUUACAAACAUUAGCAAAUUGGAAAACUGAUUCUAUCAGAGCAAUCGAUCAAUUUUACGAACAGAAACAACAAGAAGUUCUGGAACUAAAUAAACUAAAUUUUACAAAAUAUCAAGACAAAAUUAAUGACUUGAAACAUCAGUUGAAUAUUACAGCGGAUGAUAGUGCUGAUAAUUCAAGAUUGGAAAAUUUACAUGACAGAUAUAAAAGCUUAGAAGUACUGUUGAAUAUUACUGUCGUCACGAAAUCCAUAAGUAUCGAUGGCAGCUUUUGUCUAUUCGAAACUUGUGAUGAUGAUCAGCUACUCUUAAAAAGUGAACCAAAGUUAAAACGAAAAGAAACCAACCUUGAAUCUCAUCAAUUAAUCUGGUUGAAAUCUAACGAAGCUGACACCAGCAGUGUUAUAGAAUCGAUCACCUCUCUUCAAAAAGUUUUUGGCCAUACAAUUGUCUUCAAUGAUAUUGAACAAUGUUUAAAAUUACUUGAAGAAACGAAAGAUACAACAACUUUUUUAGUUUGUUCUCAAAAUUUAACCGAUGAUGUAUUAUCAAAAAUUCACCAUUCUUAUUUUAAUAUUCUACGUACUUAUGUCUACUGCUAUGACGAUGAACGGCGCUCAAAUCAAAAACAUAAUUUAAACUUCCCAGAAGUUAAACAUGUUUAUACUCAGCUCAAUCAACUGGUAAAUGAUCUGUCAGAAGACGUUCAAACAUAUUUAAAACAUGAGAGAAUUACAUCUUCGUUUCUUGAUCUCACUAAUGAAGGAAGAACUGCUGCAGAAACUGAUAUAACAGGUUGGCCUUGUCUCAUAGCUACCUUGAGCAGUUUGUCUUAUCCAGACGAUUGUUGUCAUCGGUUGGUACAUUGCUUGAAAGAAUUUUAUAGUGAUAAUCCAGCUCAAAUCACUGUCUUAGACGAAUUUCAAUCUAAUUAUACUUCGUCAGAUGCUCUUCGUUGGUACACACGUGAUUCAUUUCUUUUUCGAUUAAUUAAUAGAGCAUUACGUCAACAUAAUAUUGAACUUAUCUUUCUCUUUGGCUUCUAUAUCAAAGAUCUCUAUCUACAGUUAGAAGAUGCAAAUAAAUACUUCCAAACAGAAACAUCAUUUACAGUCUAUCGUGGGCAGCAAAUCUCACGUGUUGAAAUUAAAAAUUUACAAAAAUGGGAAUUUAUUAGUAAUAACAGCUUUCUCUCUACAACACGUCAACGUUCUCUAGCAACUGUGUUUCUCAAUCAAUCCGCAAAAUUAGAAGAUGAAUGUCAAAGUAUUUUGUUUGAAAUUCAAGUUGAUUGUCGACAACUAGAAAACAUAUUCGCUCCGCCUUUUGCAGAUAUAUCAACCUUUAGCCAAUUUCCAGAGGAAUGUGAGAUAUUAUUUUUGAAUGGUACACAAUUUCAAAUAGUCGAAGUAGUUUUCAGUCGAACUGAGAACUUUUGGAUUGCCAAAUUAGAAUUGACAUCAAAUAGUCAUCUAGGUUAUGGAUAUGAGUAUGAUGAGAUAUUACCAAUAACAAAGAAAACUAUUUUAAAAAAAUGUUUAAGACGAUUUCCCGAUCGACUAAAUGGUAUGUCUUUAGAUGAUAUCGACAGUAUAUUUACACAACUACUGAAUUUAUAUCCAACAGAAAAAUGGUUAAUGGCAUUCAAGUUCUGGUGUAUCGCCGGAUAUUACCAUCGUCAUCUUCGAACAGAUAAAAAUUAUAAUGUCAUACUUAAAUACUAUAAAGUUGCCAUCGAUAUUUUAACCGAAAUGAAUGAUGAUGAGUGCCUGAUCGACCUUGGAAAACUCUAUGAAGCGACUGGUCAUUGUUAUUAUCAUUUUAUAGGCGAUACAACUGAAGCGCAAAAACAUUAUCAUAUAGCUGCUAAUUAUUUCGAAAGUGUAAUUGAGAAAGGUUUACUUAAACCAGUCGAUAAAAUUUUUUUAGAACAUGAAAUCGCUCCACUGAGAUUGGAUUUUCCAAGUGUGUUAUUUACAAAUCAGGAUCCAGAAGAAGAAGAAGAUUCACCAGAUUCUGAAGAAAUUUCUUGGAGUGGCGUUCACCCGGAAUCGAUUCACUCGGCAUUAGACUAA